GUAAACCCUCUGAUGAAAGCUGCCUUUCCUUUCACACUAAACGUGAACUGGGAAAUUGGAAAUUUGACAACUGCCAGAAGAAGAGACACUACAUGUGCAAGAAAAGAGCCAAAGGACAGAAACCCGAACCUCCACGCCAUGACGGUUUUCGGGAGCUCCUUGUGUGCAACCAGCAGAAGCACGUCGACCUCUUUUGUCAGAGUGAGGGUCAAAGCGUCAUCCGCAUCCAGUCGGCCUUCUACGGACGGAGGAGCGGCAGCCUUUGUCCAACUCAGAACGCAACCAAGGAGACUUGCGUGGUGCGAGGAGCCCUCCCUCACUACAGAAAGAAAUGUGACAACCGUCAAUAUUGCCUUGCUGACCCUUUUGAGGGCGUCCGGGAGACCUGCCCUGCAGUCUCCAAAUACCUGCACAUGGUCUACAGCUGUGAACGGAAAGUGUGUCUUGACAGUUUGCUCGAGGCGGACAAGCGCAUCGCCGACUCAGCGUUUGAAGCCUCCUCCUCUAUGAGCGACACCAGCCCAGAGAAAGCUCAAUUGAGCAAGAAUUCCUGCUGGAGACCGUCACAAGAUCCCUCCACCAGCUGGAUCCAGGUGAACCUCGGUCACGUGAGAAAGGUGACCGGGAUCGUCACCCAGGGCUGUCCUCAUACUGACCAAAGGUCCUGGGUCAUCGACUUUGAGAUGAAGAUUAGUUUGGAUGGCAAAAGCUGGACCGAUCACCCGGACGAAAAGUUUACCGGAGGGGGGGAGCACCGGUUUGGCUCUGCGUUUUCCGCUCAGUACGUCCGCAUCCUGCCGCUGGAGGACAGCGUUGACUUCGGCCUCACCUUUGACCUCUUGGGAUGCGCACGUGACGAUGCGAUGACCUGUGACAGCACGUUCAACAGCCUACACUUGACCAAGGCAAUGACCUUCCACUGCCCACCCAAGUGCGCCAACUCCAAACACAAUGUCACAGGAACCUUGGUCUACAAUAAGGACUCAAGCGUCUGCAAGGCCGCUAUUCACGCCGGCGUCAUUCGUAACGACAUCGGAGGAGACUGUAUUGUGAUGAAAGAAGUGGCAAAGAAGGACUUUGCUGACUCCGACCAGAACGGGAUCACCUCCCUCAAGAAUGCCGACUCGACGGAUCAAGCCUUCACAUUUGCAGACGGAGAGCCGAGAUGCUUGGGAGAGUCCUGGGAGGAGUUUGCGGGCUUCUGCUACAAAGCUUAUGAGGACAAGAAGGAGUGGGCCGCUGCUCUAGCUGACUGUAAGAAAUUGGGUGCCAAUCUGGUGUCCAUCCUUUCUGAGGUGGAGCAGACGUGGGUGAAAAAUGCUUCCGCCCUCGACACCAGCGACAUGUGGACCGGACUGAAUGACCAGAGUGUCCUCGGCAUGUUUGAGUGGUCCGACCGCCACGAGGUGACCUUCACCGACUGGGCCCCAGAAGAGCCCAAACACCUGAAAAAGGACUGUGUGGCGAUGUCGCAAAAGGCUGGAAAAUGGAAGCAGAUGAGCUGCAAGAUACCCAACAGCUUCAUGUGCAAGAUGCCCAAAGCGCGUUAUGCAAUCACCUCAGAGAACGCAGAGGAGAGCCAUUCUGGUGACAGCGUACUCUUGCACAGAAGCAAGCUCGCCAAGUCACCGAAUGCACUUGGAUCAAUUAUCAAACUGAAGGGAGGUCUCCGUGUGACCAACGCCAUCACCAUCACAGGACGAGCAAAUAAACUGGCAGAUUGGUUUAAAGUCGGCCUGUUUGUGCCUGACGACGACGACGACAACGCGGUCGCGCUGCUCCUCAAGUUGAACUUUGUAACCAAGAAGAUUUGGCUGAACUCCAGAGUGAACACAACUUGGAACGAAAGAGAGGAGCAUCCCACACAAAGCUCUGGACCCGGACAAGAAGUCAAGGUUGUCAUCAAGUGCGCCGACGAUCACUUCCAGAUCACAAUCAACGGCAUCGACAAGGUGACUUACAAAUACCGAGAGGCCAAUCUACAAAGCAUCACGCAGAUGAACGUGUGGGGUCUCGUGUCCAUCAAGGAGAUCAAGCAAAGCUCCGCUUAGACCAGCCCGCGCUAAAAUGUGAGGACUGGCACAGCGUUUUCCACGAGCCUGAGAUGGUUUGUGGAAUAAUUGUACAAAAGUAAC